AUGGUAUACCUACAGACAUGGCAUAUGACUCUUGCUAGUCCAGAUGAAUAUCGCCUUCUGUCUGAUCUCCGUCAUAAUUACGACCCAUACGAGCGGCCUGUGGCGAAUGCAUCCGAGCCAUUGGUGGUUAGCGUGAAAAUCUAUCUUCAGCAAAUUCUAGACGUUGAUGAGAAGAACCAAGUAAUUACUCUGGUAGCCUGGAUCGAAUAUCAAUGGACAGAUUACAAGUUAAAAUGGCAACCAUCAGAAUAUGGCGGCAUCAAGGAUAUUCGUGUACCGGGCAAUGCGAAUGCAAUUUGGAAACCUGAUGUCCUUCUGUAUAACAGUGCCGACGAGAAUUUUGACUCUACAUAUCCAGUGAAUUAUGUUGUUAGCCAUAAUGGCCACGUACUGCAGGUCCCACCUGGUAUACUGAAACUUUCAUGCAAAAUCGAUAUCACAUAUUUUCCAUUCGACGAUCAAAUGUGUCAUUUAAAGUUCGGUUCGUGGACCUAUAGCGGCAACUUCAUUGAUUUACGCAUCAACGGGCCCGAGGGAAUGAACAUAUCGGAACAAGGAAUGGACAUAUCAUACUAUGUUGAAAAUGGCGAAUGGAAUCUAUUAGCCGUACCCGCUCGUAAUGAGACAAAUGUAUUCGAUGAUCAACCAUAUCCUUCACUGUACUUCUAUCUUGUUAUUCAAAGGAGAACAUUAUAUUACGGUCUUAACUUAAUUAUUCCUUCGCUUCUCAUAUCGCUCAUGACGGUUCUAGGAUUCACUCUGCCCCCUGAUGCUGGAGAGAAGAUCACUUUGGAAAUUACCAUACUUCUAUCAGUUUGCUUUUUCCUCAGCAUGGUUGCCGAUAUGACUCCACCUACUUCUGAAGCAGUUCCAUUAAUAGGUGCAUUUUUCUCUUGUUGUAUGUUGGUGGUGUCAGCAUCCGUUGUAUUCACCGUACUCGUUCUCAAUCUUCACAAUAGGAAACCAGAAACUCAUGAAAUGAGUCCAUUUUUACGAGAAUGCUUAUUGAUUUGGCUCCCAUGGAUAUUGAUGAUGCGCCGCCCUGGCACCACAGUUUUCAAUCGUCGUGAAAUAAAAGUAGGUUUUUCUAACAGGAAGAUUUUUCUCAUUCGCUACACCAACUUUGAGGAAAUGUUACAUUGA